GGGCAAGAAUGAGUGGAGCCCUUAGAACUCAGCAAUGCCACCAUCGCAUUUUUAUCCUUCCAAGGAGCUCGAGUGGUGCUCAGGCUCAAAGAAGCUAGUGAACACAGUUAUGGGUUGUGCAGAUGAUUCAUUGGCUGGAAUCGUGGCUUGUAAUCCUCAUCUCCAGCUCCUGCACGGACACAGAGUGGCACUGCGUUCUGAUUUGGAGAAUGUGGAAGGCAAAGUGGCUCUCAUUUCUGGAGGUGGAUCAGGACAUGAACCUGCACAUGCAGGAUACAUUGGAAGGGGAAUGCUUACUGGAGUAGUGGCUGGUCCAGUGUUCACGUCUCCUGCAGUGGGUAGCAUUUUAGCAGCAAUUCGGGCUGUGAAACAAGCUGGAGCAGCUGGGACACUGCUAAUAGUGAAGAACUAUACUGGGGACCGCCUGAACUUUGGGCUGGCAUUGGAACAGGCACGGGCAGAAAAGACUGCUGUGCAGAUGGUGGUGGUUGGUGAUGACUGUGCCUUUACCACGCAGAAGAAGGCUGGCAGGAGAGGGCUGUGUGGUACAGUGCUCAUACAUAAGGUGGCUGGGGCUCUGGCUGAGGCAGGUGUUGGUCUGAAUGAAAUUUUUCGAAGAGUUACUGCUGUUGCAGGAGCAAUGGGCACCCUUGGAGUGAGUCUGUCUCCUUGCAGUGUCCCGGGAUCAAGACCUACCUUCCAGCUUGCUGAUGAUGAGUUUGAGCUAGGCUUAGGAAUCCAUGGUGAAGCAGGUGUGCGCAGGAUGAAGAUGACAUCGGCAGAUCAGACAGUAAAAAUAAUGCUGGAUCACAUGACCAACCCUUCCAACGCCUCACGUGUACAACUCAAGCCUGGUGCUUCUGUAGUCUUGGUGGUGAACAACUUGGGUGGAUUAUCCUACCUUGAGAUGGGUGUAGUGGCUGGAUCUGCUGUGCAUUGUCUAGAGAGAAGGGGGGUUCAUGUCGCCCGGGCUUUUGUUGGCUCCUUUAUGACUGCAUUGGAGAUGGCAGGCGUCUCCAUUACCCUUCUGCUUGUGGAUGAUGAGCUCUUGAGUCUUCUUGACGCAGAUACUGCAGCCGUUGCCUGGUCUCAGCCUGCCAAGGUACCUGUGUCAGGCCAGAAAAGAGAAAGGAUAGCACCUAAGGAAGGUCCUGAGGAAGAAGAGACUUUUUCAGCAGGAGGCACAGUGUCAGCCUCCCCACAGAUGAGACUGGUUCUAGAGAGGGUGUGCAAUACGCUGCUGAGCCUGCAGGAGGAGCUCAAUGAUCUGGAUCGUGCCGCAGGUGACGGGGACUGUGGCAGCACACACGCACGAGCUGCGAGAGCAAUCCAGGAAUGGCUGAAUACUAGACCUUUACCAGUGCACCCAUCUCAGCUACUCUCUGCUCUCGCAAAGUUGUUGUUGGAGAAGAUGGGGGGUUCCUCGGGGGCGCUCUAUGGACUGUUUCUGACAGCAGCAGCUCAGCCCCUACAGAUUGAUGAUGAUGCGGCAGCCUGGUCAUUAGCCAUGGACACUGGUAUUAAUGCCAUGAUGCGAUAUGGAGGAGCUGCACCUGGAGACAGAACCAUGCUGGAUUCACUCUGUGCUGCUGCUGCUGAACUCAAAGCUCUGAAGAACCCUAAGGCUAAUCCAUUGCAGGUUCUGGCCAAAGCUGUACAAGAGGCAGAGACUGCUGCUGAAUCUACAAAGGAUAUGGAAGCUCGUGCAGGCAGAGCCAGUUACAUCAGCUCAGCCCGUCUAGAGCAGCCAGACCCUGGUGCUGUAGCAGCUGCAGCCAUUCUUCGUGCGGUAUUGGAAGGAUUACAGGCUAAAACAGUGUAACAUAGUGGCAUCACCUUCCCCGAUUCGGACCAUAAUCCAGUACGGUUCCUCCUCCUCUACGCAGGGCUCUCUACUUGAAUCACAGUACCUUCAAAAUGACAAGGUGUUCCUACUGUAAUUUAACUCUACUUGCCCAAGAGCCUCCUUGUACUGAACGGCAUUUGGUGUUUCUAUAACCUCAUACAUGUGAAUAGACCUGUGCUUUAUUUUCUUCGUUUGUGGAUCAAUACGUUUCCUCAUGCUUUGUGAAUUUUGGCUAUAAUAGAGUCCUGCCUUUUUGGAGUUGCUUGUAUGUGUCUCUCCUACACCCUAACUUGUAAAAGUACCUCUCUAUUUAUGGGAGCUGUUGUUGAAUAUCCUUGCUUAAAGCUGUGUAUGGUAUAUUUAAAAAUACGAUAACAUAAUGUUCUUUGCUGCAAAGCCCAAGGGCCACUGGCAGCUCCCAAUCACA